AUGUCUGAACCAGCUCAAAAGAAACAAAAGGUUGCUAACAACUCUUUAGAACAAUUGAAGUCCUCCGGUACUGUGGUUGUCGCCGACACUGGUGAUUUCGGCUCCAUUGCUAAGUUUCAACCUCAAGAUUCCACGACUAACCCAUCAUUGAUCUUGGCUGCUGCCAAGCAACCAACUUACGCCAAGUUGAUCAAUGUUGCCGUGGAAUACGGUAAGAAGCAUGGUAAGACCACCGAAGAGCAAGUAGAAAGUGCCGUAGACAGAUUGUUGGUGGAAUUCGGUAAGGAGAUCUUGAAAAUUGUCCCAGGCAGAGUCUCCACCGAAGUUGAUGCUAGAUUGUCUUUCGACACUCAAGCUACCAUCGAAAAGGCUAGGCACAUCAUUAAGUUGUACGAACAAGAAGGUGUCUCCAAGGAAAGAGUUCUUAUUAAAAUCGCUUCCACUUGGGAAGGUAUUCAAGCUGCCAAAGAAUUGGAGGAAAAGGACGGUAUCCACUGUAACUUGACUCUAUUGUUCUCCUUCGUCCAAGCCGUUGCCUGUGCCGAAGCUCAAGUCACUUUGAUCUCCCCAUUCGUUGGUAGAAUUUUAGACUGGUACAAAGCCAGCACUGGUAAAGACUACGAGGGUGAAGCCGACCCAGGUGUUGUCUCUGUCAAGAAAAUCUACAACUACUAUAAGAAGUACGGUUACAAGACCAUCGUUAUGGGUGCUUCUUUCAGAAGCACUGACGAAAUCAAAAAUUUGGCUGGUGUCGACUAUCUAACAAUUUCUCCAGGUUUGUUAGACAAAUUGAUGAACAGCAGUGAACCUUUCCCAAGAGUUUUGGACCCUGCCUCCGCUAAGAAGGAAGCCGGCGACAAGAUUUCUUACAUUAGCGACGAAUCUAAGUUCAGAUUUGAUUUGAAUGAGGAUGCUAUGGCCACUGAAAAAUUGUCCGAAGGUAUCAGAAAAUUCUCUGCCGAUAUUGUCACUCUAUUCGACUUGAUUGAAAAGAAAGUUACCGCUUAA